AUGCUUUGCAGUGGUUAUGUUCCUCCGGAAUAUGUAAAAAAAGGAAUAUACUCCAUGAAAUACGACGUUUAUAGUUUUGGAGUUCUACUUUUGCAAAUCAUAAGUGGCAAGAGAAAUACACGUUAUUAUGGGACACAUGAUAAUUUGAACCUUUUAGACUAUGCAUAUAAGCUGUGGAAAGAGGGCAAAGGGUUCGAGUUUAUUGAUCCAGCACUGGAUGAUUCUUGUUCUUGUUAUAAACUCCUAAGAUGCAUGCAAGUGGCCCUCUUAUGUGUCCAGGAAAACCCUAUUGAUAGACCAUCCAUGUUAGAGGUUUCUUCAAUGCUCAAGAAUGAAACUGGAGCCAUCAACAAUCCUAAAAAGCCUGCCUUUUCGGUUCAAAGAGAUGAAAAUGAGGAAGAAAAAUGUAUAUUGCAGGAAAAGAUGUGUUCAGUAGAUGAUGCAACAAUUUCUCAAGUAGUACCCCGAUGACUGUUGAUGACUGUGGAAAUAUUUAAAGUAUGAAAGAAAAUGUAUAGCUUUGAUUAUUCUUACUUCAUGUUAAUAUUUGUGCUAAGGAAGCCUUAUCAUAAAUUCAUACACCUUUACUGCCUUCAUUUUCCUUUGGCCAAAUAAAGAUAAUCCUUCCAUCCAA